AAAACCAGCCCCUCUCUAUAAUAGAUAGGCCUGUAGGCCUCAGGAAAUCGGACUCUCAUUUUUAGCUUACACAACGUACAUAGUGCAAAUCUCUCACUAUCAGCUGACAGUUUGUUAAAAUCAAGUGGUGACGUGAAGUAUACGACUGGAAGAUUUGGAUUCAGUUGUGAAACUAAGGAUCUAACGUAGGCUCUACCGACAUGUGGUCUCCAUGGACCGUCGUUGUCGUGGUUGUCACAGGCUUACUUCCCGCAGUUCAAGCGGACAUGCCAAAUACGACUGUAUAUCACCAGUCUGCGGAUCAACUAAUCAGAGUCCGAGGGGAGAAGGAAAGGAAGGGGCGGGUUGAAGUGCGCAUGUCUGCAGAGAGUUCCAGAUGGUAUCCGGUUUGUUACGAUGUCGAUAUUUUUACUCGGGACACCAUGCCAAAUAUUGCACUUUGGUUAUGUGAAACCCAACUGGGCCUCAACGUGUCACGGGCGACAAUAAUACUCGGUGAUGUCUUGCCAUCAGACACACAGUUCGCCCUAGCUGUGUGUUCCAGUCGGGGAAAUUGCAGUUUUAGUCUGGCGCAAGAGUGUGUAACUACAAGGAGUUGGAUUGCAUAUUGUCCUGCACCAAAUUCGACUGACUUCACUGUACGCCUUACGGGAGGAGUGAGUGAGAGAAAAGGAGGCGUUGAGACGUUGAUUGAUGGGAAGUGGUUACCCAUCUGCUCAACAUUGUUUGAUGCAAAGGAUGCUGAAGUUGUGUGCAGGCAACUGGGAUUUAGAGACUCUACCGUGAAGGUUCACAAGUAUCACAAGUUUAGAACGCCAGGCGGAAAUGCCAUGAUGCUCAGCUUUGGGUGCAGAGGAAAUGAAUCUCGACUGAUCGAAUGUCACCAGGUCUCACUUCGAGUGUCUGUACCGUGCAGUUAUAUCGCGACCGUGGAAUGUGAAUCAAGGAAGAAGGACUAUUCCCCACGACUGGGAGACAAAUCCAUCAAUUUCUUCGGAUCAAGCGGACGUUUGGAAGUGUACCUGAGGGGCAAUUGGAUGCCUGUGUGUGAUGCCAGAACCAUAGAUGACAAUGUAGCCAGAGUUGCGUGUCGAGAAAUGGGACUGCCCAGCACUCCAGCUUUUGCGAUUCUCGGAACUUCGCUCUACCGGUGGGAUAACAUACUGGAUCGCGAGAAUGUGAGUUUUGAAUGCCGAGGCACAGAGAAAAGCCUGUCUGAGUGUACUAGAGAAGUGGUCCACGUCUGUAACGGCACAGUCAGAAUUGUGUGCUCGGAAUUUUCUGAUUACGAAGUCCGUCUUGUGGGUGGUAACCGUAAAGCGGGUCGGGUGGAACUGAGGAUCGGUAACGUCUGGGGGACUAUCUGCAGCCAGGGUUUCUCUGACCGUGAAGCUGGAGUAGUCUGUCAAAAGCUAGGCUAUUUCAGGGCCAUUAAAACUGUCAGGCCAAAUGAGGGCUUUGGACAGGCGGCCCCAGAUUCUGUCGUUUGGCCGUUUGAGUUUAGCUGUAAGGGUGAUGAACACUCUCUGGAAAAAUGUACCCGUAGGAGAGUAACAUCCGGUCGAUGUACGCAUGACAAAGACGUGGCAGUUUCCUGUGAAAGUUCAGAUGAUGGGAUGGGCCUACGCUUAGUUGGAGGAACGUCAGUGAACUCAGGUCGACUGGAAGUGCAUUUCAACGGCCUUUGGGGAACAGUAUGCCGAAAUGACUUUUCUUCAUCGGCAGCCAAAGUAGCCUGUCGACAAAUGGGCCUUCCGAGGUAA